UCCGCUCGGGGGGUAGUUCAGCGGACGGCAGUUGGGGCAGAGACAUGGAUCAUGUCCCCCAGAAACAGGCUGUCAGCUUCAUCCGGCCAAUCACUCGACUGAAAGUCCAGAGGCAGCGAGGUUACUUCGCCGGCACCUAUAAAAUCAGCAAACUGGCUGCUAACGUGCCCGACCUGGUGGUUUACGAGGGUGUAGACCGGCCUAUCCCUGAUGUGGAGCAUUUCCACGGCGUGCUCCUCUUCGCUGAUAUUUCAGGGUUCACCAGCCUCACCGAGACCUACACGAGGAACAGUAAGAAAGGCAGUGGGGCCGACCAUUUGACCCGGACUCUCAAUGGCUACAUAUCAGACAUCGUGGACCAUAUUCUUCAAGCAGGAGGAGAUAUUGUAAACUAUGCAGGUGAUGCACUGCUGGCAUUGUGGAGAGAAAGCAGGAAAGUUCUGAGUCAAAUACUCACACUGGCUGUAAAAUGUAGUCUGAAUAUCCAAGAUAAAUGUGACAAUAGGGAAACUGAAGUGGGAGUGAAACUCCGAGUAAAAAUAGGUAUUUCAGCAGGGAAACUGUCCAAAGUGGUAAUGGGAGAUGAAGAAUCUCGUUAUUAUGCAUUAAUUGGUCGAGCAAUAGAUGAAGUCCGGAAAGCUGAGGGACUUGCUUCAGCCAAUACUGUUAUUUUAUCCCCAAAUGCAUGGGAACUGUGUGACAGAAGCAAUCUCGUCGUUGAAAAGAUAGAAAAUGAAAGAGCCGUAAGGGUACGAUACAUUAAGAGAAAUCCUCAAUUUUCAGUUGAAAAGUAUGUAAAUAAACAAGGAACUCAUUUGGAAUUUCAAGAAGUUGGUGUGAAUAUAAAUGCGACAAGGAAAACAGCGAGAUUAUUGCCAAAUCCACAACUCGAAGCAGUUCUCCGUAAAUAUCUCCUGAAAACAGUUUUACUAAAGAUCGAUGAUGCAGUCCCUUUGGAAUAUUUGUCCGAAAUGCGACCAGCGACCGUGGUGUUUGUGAACCUGCAGUUUGUGGAGAAUGCAACCAUGUAUUAUCAAUGCCAAUCCAUUCAGGCUUGUUGUAUUAGAAUUAACAAUGAAUUCAGAAAUUAUCAGGGCAGAAUAAAUAAGGUCUUUAUGUUUGACAAAGGAUGUACUUUUCUUUGUAUUUUUGGUCUUCCCGGUGACAAAGGGGAAGAUGAAUGUGGAAACGCUUUACAGUGCUCACACAAUGUUCGUGAAUUCUGUAAUAAACUGAGAUAUGUCAGUGUAGCAUCUAUUGGUGUAGCAAGUGGCCCUUUAUUCUGUGGUGUAGUUGGUCAUCCUCUACGUCAUGAAUAUACAGUUAUUGGUCGGAAAGUAAAUAUAGCAGCACGACUGAUGAUGACGUAUCCUGGCGUGGUUUCCUGUGAUGAGGAGACGCAUUAUCAUGCAAAGAUGCCAUCUUCCUACUUUAUUGAACUUCCCAAGCGAGCGAUGAAAGGUGUGGCCAAUCCAGGGACAGUUUACCAGUACCUGUCCAAGAAACAUCAAAAAAUACUUGGAAAGCCUCGAAUUUCUGUUGAAAAAGAAGAUGAUUAUCCUCUUUUGGGCCGAGAAAAAGAGAUGAAGAUUUUCCACAAUGCCCUGAAAAACUUUAUUUCAGCUAAGGACAAGGAAUCUCUUAACUGUUGUCAAGUGAUUAUGUAUGAAGGCACAGUUGGGUGUGGAAAAAGCAGACUCCUAGUUGAAGUCAUCCGUACUUCCCAAGCUCAAGAAAUAAGGGUGUUACCAUUUGAACUGGGGAAAAUGGACAUCACAGAACCCUAUUAUACUAUUCAAACCAUGAUGGCUCUGCUGCUACAUGUGAACCACUGUAAAAGUUAUCCAGAACGAGAAAGAGUUUUACUCAGCAAGAUAACAAACCCAGAACUGGUUGAAGAUUUAUGUCUCUUAAAUGAUCUGCUUUUUGUAAAGUUUCCAAUUUCUGAAAGAGUCUCCCUCAUGGACAGUAGGGCCAAGCACAGGGCAUUUCGAAAAUAUGUGAUUGCAGUGAUCAACCAGAAUGUUACAAAUGAUACUGUGCUGCUGGUCAUUGACCAAGUUCAAUACAUUGACAUACCAUCAUGGGAGCUUAUUUUGCAAAUGCGUGCAAGUCUUCCUUUGUUCAUGGUCAUGGCACUGAGACCAUUCACAGUAGAGAAACCGCCAUGCCAGGCUGCAAUAAUGGUAAUGAGAAGCCGGAAGACUUCAUAUGUAAAGCUUUCAGGCUUGGAUCCAUCUAUAAUCCGUCCACUAGCCUGCCAAAUCUUGGGGGUCAUUAGUAUUCCACGAGAGCUGGAGAUAUUGCUGAUGGAACGUAGCUACGGUGUGCCGUACUACUGCGAAGAAAUACUCAGAAGUCUCUAUAACAGUGAUCUGAUAAUUUUGGAACCAUUAGAAGAGGAGGAGGAAGAUGAGAGUGAUACAGUACUUACUUACACCAGGAAAAAAAUGAUUCUAUCACAUGAUUCAUCCAUCGUUCAGUCACGUGAAUCAAGAAAGGGGAAAAAAGGCAAAUUGAAGACAAGUGGAAUGGAGAUACAAAAAUGUCAAAAAGUGACAACACUGGAACACAAUGCAAAAUCUGACCAUCAGAAGUUUAUAUGCACGCUUGGAGAAAUGGUAAACCUACAGGAAAUUACCAUUCCACUGACACUUAAAGGAAUUGCUUUAGCUCAACUUGACAGAAUGAACACAACAGAACAGGUGAUUGUUAAGUGUGCAUCUGUCAUUGGACACACUUUCACCACUAAAAUGCUUCGGUACAUUUUACCUGGAGGUGCUGAGCAAAAAUUGAAUCAAUCACUUAUAUCGUUGGUAAAAUCACGUACGUUAGAAUGUGCAUCAAGGACCAACAGUAGCUUUGGUGCACCAAUGGAAAAAAAUGAGGAAAGCCAUCUCGUCCAGUGUUUUUGUAUCCACACAAAAGAUUCCAGGGAGCAUCUACAGGAAGAGGAUGAUGAAAUAGAUUUACGAGAGAAGGCUGCCGUCUGGAGCUGCAAAGUGAUGCGAUUCUGUAUUGCUCUUGUGCAUGAAACAGCUAACGACCUGUGGCUAAAAGACCAGAAAAAGUCACUUCACUUAAAGUGCACAAAAUUUUUGGAGAAUGCAACUCGAAAAUGCAGCAGCUGUGGAGAGGGUGACUUUAUUUAUGAGCACCGAUCUAUGGUGAAGUUCAGUGUUGCUGAAAGUGAAAGCACCAAUCAAAGACGAAGAGAAUUAUACACCACAAUCAGUUACGGAAAUAUACGAAGCUAUUCUCCAGAGAAAAUUAGCGACCAGGAUCUUCCUUCAAAACAUAUAAAUACAAGUAUUGUUAGCGUAGACCAUGGAGACACAUCAAUUGGCCCUUCCUCCGUUAACAUCUCCAAAUAUUUUGACCAAGCUUCUAUCAUAACAAGCACAGAGGUACCAGCUGGCAGUGGUGAUUCAGAAUUUAUUGAAAGAAUAGAUAAUUUGAUCAAAGAUUGUGAAGGAAAAGAAAGCCUGUAUGCCAAUAAUUGCGAUUGUAAUCCAAUAUUGGAAUCUGUUUAUUGUCCUCUUGUUCGCCACUGGAUGGGAGCUGGAAAUGUGGCAAAGACAUUUUUCUAUCUGCUUGAAACGUCUGCAGCUGCUUUGCAUGUAUCGAAUAACUUGAUGGCUCUGUCUUACAUAACACAAGCUGAAAAUAUGCUUAGUCUAUUGCAGAAAGGCAAACCACCCUUUGAAUACGCCGACACUACAAAAGAUGUUAAGAUUUGUUCCUUUGAACGAGCCUGUGUAUAUAUUCUCAAAGGAGAGGUACAAUUUAAGACUGGUCAUAUGGAUGAAGCUGAGAAUCUUUUCAAGAAAGGCUUAAAGCUGCUGAACAAGAAGUUUCCAAAUUUCUGUAUGGCACAGAUAAUUACAUGUGCUAUCGAAAAAUACAAAUAUUCCAAGAGGCCACGUGACAGAGAUAUGUUAUCAAACUUUGCUAAUGAUGACAUCUCGCCUGUGGUUUAUCAGCAGAUUCAUUGCCUAUCAUAUUUAUGGCAGACAUUCUGUCUUAAAAAGAACUUUCAGUGGAAAUUGACUGCAUUACUGACGAUAUUAAUGGAAAUUAACUGUGCUGAAAAUUAUAACAAUGAAUUUAAGAUAAUUAAUGCCUAUAUAGAUGCUUUCCGCUGUUAUCAGUUAAUGGGUUUGAGAGAGAAGAGCACUAAAGUGCAAAUUGUAGUUCUACAGAAGUGUUUAACUCUUAACAAAAACCGGGAUGGAGUGUUGGCAAUUGGUCGUUUAGUAUGUGCACUUUCAGAAAUAAAGCUCUGUGUCGGACAACUUGCUGAAUCUAUUGAAUAUGGACACCAGGCACAUAAAAUUGCUGGAAUAUUAAAUAAACCCAAUUUGGAUGUUUUCAUAAUUCCUAUUCUGGCCAAAGCCUUUCUCCUUACAGGCAGACUCGCAGAAUACGUUGACCUGAUGACAUAUUUGAUUGGCUCUUCAGUCUCAGCAUACAACAUACUUGGUCAGGCCUCAUACUAUGCAGCUUGCCUUGAUUUUGCACUCCAAGAAGGUAUUGCACUAAGGCCAUUUGAAGAAUGCCUUUCAUUUGUCAAUGGAGCAAUUGAUGAUCCCAUAAUAAAAUCUGAAAAGUAUUUAAUGCUGUCACUUCACUCAUCAGUUGCACUCUGGUUUUUUAGGUUGUCGCAAUGGAAGAAGGCUAUUCCGUCAUUUAAAACUUCAAAACGAUUGAUGACUCACACAAAUGCUUCUCUGUUCUCAAUGUAUGGCUACGCCAAGUUCUUGGAGUGUCAGAUCUUGGUGUUUAGAAAAGCAUUGUGGGAAAAGCAGGAAACUGUCAUGGAAGUCUACCAGCAAACAAAGGAGUACCUACGUGAGUUCAGACGGCGAUGUAAUACCACUCCAGUUUUUUAUGCUCGAUUCUUGCACUUUAAAGCUUAUUGCCAUGUAUUGGCUGGCCAAUUGGGACAUGCAAAUCAACUUCUGGAGCGUGCUUUAGGAAUGAGCAAAGCACAUGGAAAUGUACUGGAGGAAGAAUGGAUAAAAACCAAUCGAGGGGCAUGGUUCACUGAAGAAGAGGACCAACAGCAUGAGAACUUAUGGUUGGCCGUAGCUGAAAACAUGCCAACUUGGGAAGAAGGAAGAGGUGUAACUCAAGCCUCUAGGUACCUUCUACUGCCUAUAACAGACAUGCCUGAUACCAAUUUAGAUGGAAGUCUACUAGAGAAUGAGUCGGAAAGUGACUUGGUAUGCAUACCAUACUAAUCAAACACAGUAUUGUGAGGCCUCAAGGUGAUCAAUUGUCACUGACAGUUCGAACUAUUGUUACUCUGUGAUAUUUAGUAGUAAUUUUCAUUCCGUAAAAUAAAGUGGAUUUAAAAUGAAAGACGAGAUUCAUAGCUCGGUUUAGCUGCAAGUUUGUAAGGUUGUUUGCUGAAUCUGGAGGUUAGAUCACAAACGUUUCGUCACCAGUCGAGGUGACAUCAUCAGUGCACCAUUGAGUGUUGUUUCUGUCGACUGCUCGUGUUUAUAUUGGUCUGACUCUUUACUGUGAUUGGUUGACUGUUGCGCUGGACUCUAGUUUCCAUGGGUCCCGGCCAACUGGAUAGCUGAGUGAUCUCUCCUGGUCUGUUUCCCUGUUUGUCAGACAUUGUGAGCAUUGGUUCCUCAAGUGUCCGCAGCUCAACUAUUUGGCUCCAAUCUCACAGAUGCAUAAGUCUGUAAAUCGUGAACAGUUCAAUAUGGUUGUGAAUAGAGUCUUCCUUUGAGAACCAUGCUUCUAAAAAUUCUCGAUCUCUUGUUUUGUGGUUCUGCCGGGAUUUUUGUAACAGUGGAUUUAACUUAAAUAUGUUUGUUGACUAUAACUCAGUGUUUAGCACCAUCAUUCCUAUAAUUCUGAUCGAUAAGCCUCUGUACCUCCCUCUACAAUUGGAUCCACGACUUCCUAACCAGAAGACCACAAUCUGUGCAGAUUGUUGAUAAUAUCUCCUCCUUGCUGAUGAUCGACACUGGUGUACCUCUGGGAUGUGUUCUUAGCCCACUUAUCUACUCUCCCUCUUCCCAUUACUGUGUGGCUAGGUA